AUGCUGCUCCACGAGCGCAGUCCCGACACCUCACCGUUCAACGGUCCUGCUCAACGGCAUCACCCCUUCAAUACCUCAUACAACUCCAACAUGUCUAUGGCGGCGUCGCCAAUGUCAGCCGCGGGCUUCUCAAAGUCCUUGCUGUUUGCAUCACCGACUCCUACAUCCUCAUCACGACACGAGCGCCAACAAUCCUACUCCCCUUCUACGUCUCUCACCUCCAUCCCAUCGCACGUCCGUACCCAUUCUCUUCAACGACAGGCAAGCACCUCCAGCACCUUCGCCCCUAAGUUCAUCAAAUCAGAAGAGCUGCGGAGGAGCGAGGACAAGAUCUCCGCCAUCGAGGGUGAGAAUGACUUUUCGGGCAAGCGAUAUGUGUGGGUGAAGGAUCCAGAGAAAGCCUUUAUCCGAGGAUGGAUCACGGAAGAUCUUCCGAGCGAUAAGGUCCUCGUUCAAUUCGAGUCGGGCGCAAAGGUCGAGGUUGACGUCGAGGAGGUCGAUAAGGUCAACCCAGCGAAAUUCGACAAAGCCGAUGACAUGGCAGAACUUACCCAUCUCAAUGAAGCUUCAGUCAUCCACAACCUUCACACGCGGUACCAGUCCGAUCUCAUAUACACCUAUUCUGGACUUUUCCUGGUGACCAUCAAUCCUUAUUGUCCGUUGCCUAUUUACGGGAAUGACUAUGUCCGGAUGUACAAGGGUCAAGCUCGCGAAGACACUCGACCUCACAUUUUUGCUGUUUCGGAUGCAGCUUUCCGCCGCUUGGUUGAGGAGGGGGAGAACCAAAGUAUCCUGGUAACUGGAGAGUCCGGUGCAGGCAAGACUGAGAAUACGAAGAAGGUCAUUCAAUACCUUGCAGCCGUUGCGACCUCUGACUUUGAUACACCCUUGACGGGCAGGACGCCAGGUAAACAGCUUUCGAAUCUAUCCCAGCAGAUCCUGAGGGCAAAUCCGAUUCUCGAAUCAUUCGGUAAUGCGCAGACCGUCCGGAAUAACAAUUCGUCAAGAUUCGGCAGGUUUAUUCGCAUCCAGUUUACUCGAUCAGGCCAGAUUGCAGGCGCAUUCAUCGAUUGGUACCUCCUUGAAAAGUCCAGGGUGGUCAAACUUAGCUCGCAAGAACGAAGUUACCAUAUUUUCUAUCAACUGCUUGCCGGAGCUGAUCAGCGGAUGAGAGAUGCUCUCCUAAUCUCAGGCAUGGAUAUCGAGGAUUUUGCAUAUAUAAGAGCGGGCAAUGACACGAUCGGUGGGGUGUCAGACCGCGACGACUGGAACACACUGAUCGAAGCCUUUCAUAUCAUGAACUUUUCCGAGAAGGAGCAGAUGGCCAUCUUCAAGACGAUCGCCGCAAUCUUACACCUUGGGAACGUCUCCGUGCGACAAGAAAGCAGAGCGGCGGAUCAGGCUUCAUUGACCCUGGAAGCUCGAGCAUCCAUGGACAAAGCUUGUCGAUUGAUGGGUGUCCAAACGGAGCCUUUCAUCAAAGGUCUGCUCCAUCCUAAGGUAAAGGCUGGCCGAGAAUGGGUGGAGAAGGUCCAGACCCCUGAACAAGUACGUCUCGCGCUAGAUGCCUUGGCCAAAGGUGUCUACGAACGUGGUUUCGGAGAUUUGGUAUCGAAAAUCAACACCCAACUAGACCGAAGCGGCGUCAGCAGCGAUGACAGUCACUUUAUCGGAGUGCUCGACAUUGCCGGAUUCGAAAUCUUCGAGAACAACAGCUUUGAGCAGCUCUGCAUCAACUACACCAAUGAAAAGUUGCAACAGUUCUUCAAUCACUACAUGUUUGUCCUAGAACAGGAAGAAUACGCCCGUGAGCAGAUCGAGUGGCAGUUCAUUGAUUUCGGGAAGGAUCUUCAGCCGACAAUCGACCUCAUAGAGCUUCCCAACCCCAUUGGCAUAUUCUCCUGCCUGGACGAGGACUCGGUGAUGCCCAAAGCCACGGACAAGUCAUUCACAGACAAACUGCAUUCAUUGUGGGAGAAGAAAACACCCAAGUAUGCACCAGCUCGUACUCGACAGGGCUUUAUCUUGACGCACUAUGCGGCAGAGGUCGAAUACUCUACAGAAGGAUGGCUUGAAAAGAACAAAGAUCCCCUGAAUGACAACCUCACCCGACUUCUAGCAGGCUCAAAAGAUGAGCACAUUGCGACUCUUUUCGGAGACUGUGUGGAUGAGAUUGAUGAACCGUACAGCCCUCGAAGCCGCGUCAAGAAAGGCCUUUUCCGCACUGUCGCUCAGAGACACAAAGAGCAGCUGAGCAGUCUAAUGCGGCAGCUACAUUCCACGCAACCGCAUUUCGUUCGCUGUAUCCUCCCGAAUCACAAGAAGAAGCCGAAACAGUUCAAUGCCCCGCUGGUACUCGAUCAACUGCGAUGCAACGGUGUGCUGGAAGGCAUUAGAAUAGCACGUACUGGCUUCCCUAACCGAUUGACAUUUGCAGAGUUCCGGUCAAGAUACGAAGUUCUGUGCGAAAACAUGCCCAAAGGGUAUCUUGGUGGCCAAGAGGCCGCAACAAUCAUGCUGAGCUGCUUGAAGAUGGAUGCUUCCAACUAUCGCGUCGGCUUGACAAAGGUGUUUUUCAGAGCGGGCGUGCUUGCAGACCUGGAAGAGCAACGUGAUAGCCUCAUUCGGGAUAUCAUGUCCAGGUUUCAGUCUAUCGCUCGUGGCUUCAUGCAGCGCCGCGUGGCUUUCAAGCAGCUUUAUCGUGCGGAAGCUACAAGGGUCAUCCAGCGGAAUCUCAAUGUGUACCUGGACCUGCAAGCAAACCCAUGGUGGCGCUUGUUCGUCCGCAUGAAGCCAUUGCUUGGAGCGACUAGGACCGCAAGUGAGGUCAAGAAAAGAGAUGAGAAGAUUGAGCAAUUGAACAACAAGAUGAGACAAGAAGCAGCUGAAAAGCACCGCAUCGAUGACGAGCGAAGACGCGCCGAAAUCGAAGUUCAACGAAUCCAGCAGACCCUUGAGGCUGAGCGGGCGUUGGCGCUCGACAAGGAGGAGAUUUUCAAGAGGCUACAAUACCGUGAGAGUGAGCUUACGGAAAAGCUGUCCGAAGCUCUGGCCGAACAAGAAGCUCUUGAGGAUCAGUUGGAUGAAGCUAUGAACUCCAAGAAGAGGACUGAAGAAGAACUGGCCACUAGAAGAGAGCAAGUUCUCCAGGCGGGCCAGAUCAUAACUCGACUCGAGGCGGAGAAGAAAGAGUUACAGCGGCAACUAGAUAAAGCGGAAGACGAGCUGGAGAACGUGGAGCGAACACACUCCCAGAAUGAUGACAGGUUGGAGAACAUCAGUCAGGAACUCAGCACUCUAAAGAGUCAGCUGGGCACGAAAGAUCGCAAGAUAGCUGAAGUUGAAGCAAGUCUGCAACAAGCGGAAAGAGAAAAGACCAAUAAGGCGACAAGCCUUGAACAAGAGCUUCGAGCAUUGAAAAGUCAGCUAUCACAGAAAGACCGGGUGAUGGAGGAUCUCGAACAGAAGCUGCAGAAGGCCGAGUCUCUGCGUGCUGAAGAGAGCAAGCGCCGCAGCGAGGAUUUUGACUCCCAGAUGCGAGCCCUCAAGAGUGAGCUCGGCGGAAAGGAACGCAAGUUGUACGACCUGGAAAACGCUCUAUCGAAGAUGGACAAGGAUGCAGAAAGCAAGUUGGCAACCGCCACCAUCGAGCUCACCACUACCAAGAAACUGCUGCGAGAGGUCCAGGGCCAAAAUGAGGAGCUCCGCAAGCAGAUCACAUCCAUGUCUUCAGCGUCUGCGAAACAUGAAGAGCAGCUUCGCCGGAAAGAAGGGGAGAUGGCUGCGCUCAUGGCGGAUAUUGAGCGAUUCGAGAGGGAGAAGUUGGGUCUGCGCGAGGAGAACAAUACUCUUUCCGGACGACACGAAAGCAUGCAGGCCAAACAUAGGGAGUUGCAGGAAGACCUGCAGAGCCUGAGGGCACAGCGAGCCAAGAUGGAGCGAGAAGCGGCAGAGGUGAAGCGUUGCCUAGAAAAGGUCAUGCCCUUCUUCACGCAGAAUUUCUCCUGA